AUUAUCAUAAAUUAUUCAGUAUCUCUUAGAAGCUUCGCAUCAGCCCGAGUGCACCUGGACAUUACACUUAAAUUGUUAUUUAUGAUUAUUUAUAAGAAGAGGGAUUUGCUUAAAUUAACUUAAAUAACUUAUUCUGAAAAUAGAUACUAUUUCCCCCCACGUUUUUCGCAUGGAAUAAUAACUCGGAGUCUAUUUUCACAUGUGCUGUUCUUUUAAUACUUAAUUGACAUUUUUGAACGCCAUAAAGCAGUCUUAUUAUUUUUGUUUCUUAUAUUUGAAGUGAUUUUCGACAUGUGGACCUUUCUUGGCAUUGCAAGUUUUACUUAUAUUUAUAAGAAAUGCGACGCCCUGGUGAGUUACGCGCCCAGAGAGCUGAUGGUGGCCGCGGUGCUGUGCGUGUCGGUGGGUCUGAUAUUCACGUGUCUCGGGCUCCGCGGACAGACACUCAAAGCGCCUCAAUUUCUCCAGAUACCUUUCAAACUCUUGUCUACAUUCUCCCUGACCAGAAAACUCUUCUCCACGUCUAGUACAGACAGCUGUAGUCGAACUUCUAAAAAGAGAGAUGUAAAGCGAAGGAGAGCGACUGACAGUCAGUGUGAUCAGGCAGAGGAUCCCGAGGUCAUCAUAGUGGGUGCUGGUGUUCUGGGAUCAGCCAUGGCCGCCGUCCUGGCCCGAGAUGGCCGGAGGGUCACAGUGGUGGAGAGGGACAUGAAAGAACCAGAUCGGAUAGUGGGAGAACUUCUGCAGCCGGGAGGAUAUCGGGCACUCAAGGAACUCGACCUGGAGGGUACUGUUGAGGGUCUGGAUGCACAUGUGGUGAAUGGAUAUGUAAUCCACGACCUGGAGAGCAGGACGGAGGUGGAGAUCCCAUAUCCACAGCUAGAGAACAGCAUUCAGGGUGGACGAGCCUUCCACCAUGGACGCUUUAUCAUGGGACUGCGUCGAGCUGCCCUCGCUGAGCCCAAUGUGAAGUUCGUGGAGGGAACGGUGACAAGCCUGGAGGAAGAUGAUGAGUGUGUGACAGGAAUUCAGUACAGGGAGAAAGACUCUGGGAUGAUCAAGGAGAUCCGUGCUCCCCUGACUGUGGUCGCUGACGGCUGUUUCUCCAAGUUCCGUAAGAAUCUAAUUUCUGGGAAAGUUAAAGUAUCGUCUCAUUUUGUUGGAUGCAUAAUGAAGGACUCACCUCAGUACAAGCCCAAUCAUGCAGAGCUGGUUCUAGCUGAUCCCAGUCCGGUGUUGAUCUACCAGAUCUCCUCCAAUGAGACUCGGGUUCUGGUGGAUAUCAGAGGAGAGAUGCCCCGAGACCUUAAGCAGUACAUGACAGAAAAAAUCUACCCACAACUACCAGAGCAUUUAAAGGAGCCGUUCAUGGUGGCAUUGCAGAAUGAUCGUUUGAGAACAAUGCCAGCCAGCUUCCUGCCACCCUCACCAGUCAAUAAACCAGGGGUUCUGCUCUUAGGAGACGCGUAUAACAUGCGUCAUCCUCUGACCGGUGGCGGGAUGAGCGUUGUGCUGAAUGACGUCCGCAUCUGGAGAGACCUGCUAAAGAACAUCCCUGAUCUCUAUGACAAUACAGCUGUGCUCCAGGCAAAGAAGAAAUUCCACUGGGAGCGGAAAUCAUCUCACUCGUUUGUAGUGAACAUCUUGGCUCAAGCACUGUAUGAGCUGUUUGCUGCGACCGACAAUUCACUGUAUCAGUUGAGAAAAGCCUGUUUCCACUAUUUCAAACUUGGCGGAGAAUGUAUCAACGGACCGAUCGGCCUUCUGUCAGUAUUGUCACCAAAACCCUUGACUCUAAUCUGUCACUUUUUCGCGGUGGCCCUGUACGCCAUUUACUUCAGCUUCAAAUCUGAAUCCUGGCUAACAAUUCCACGAGCGCUGGUCAAUAGUGGAGCCAUCCUGUACAGAGCCUGUACCGUGAUGUUUCCUCUCAUUUACUCAGAGUUACAGUACCUGGUUUACUAGGAAGGAACUUUCAAACUGAAAAAGAAACUGAUUUUUAAUUUCUCCUGCCAUUGAAAGGGACACAUCUGCCACUGGUGGCUACAUCCAAGUGCCUCAUUUUCAUUUGGAAAAAAGGGAUUCCUGUCAGAAGACUGCAAAAGGAGCAAGCCUCAGAUGAGGAAAUACGCAUUGUUAAUAGACUUAUAUUUUCAUAAUGAAAUUUGCCUUGAACCCUGCAAUUAAAUGUGGAAAAAUCCUGUGCUUUAUUUUAAAGUCAAUAUUGCUGAGUGCAAAAUUAAUUGAUUAAACCACUAGGCUACUUGACUUUUAAAACUGUGUAAAUGUUUUCCUUGUUUUCAAAAUACUAAAGACAAUCAAUGGGAUUGCAUCUCAUUUGUGGUUAAAGCACCCGUUUUCCUCGAUUCAGUGCUUUUUCAGAUUUUUUUCACAAUUUUGCACGUCUUGAUUUUCACAUGGUACUCUCAUUAUCAUUUUUGCCUUCCUCUGUUGUUUAAAAAGUUUUCAGGUCAACAUGUAGUGCUGUCUAUCUCUUUAAAUUUGCAGUAAAUAUGGCAUUCUAUUCAAAGUAAAAUCAUGUGCAUAUUUUCUGAAAGAGGACAAGAGCUUUAAUGUGAAGAUUGAAUUAGUUUCUAAUGUGAAAUACUUCAACCAUGAGUGUGUGGUUAUGACGGUGUUACAUUUGUGUUCAUAAUAUUUCUGGCUUUGUGUAUGUAGCCACUCGACCGUUCUUCAGUAUAAUUUACCCUCUUUGUAUAUAUUUUUUGUUAUAUUUGGGGUCAAAUAUAGUUUUAAAUAUUAUAAGACUGGAAUACCCAGAGACAUUUGUGAA